ACAUUGCUGCCCUGAUCCAUUGUCACAAAGAGAAAGGGGCGAAAAGUGUGGACAUCAGCCGUGGAUAAAUUGGAAACUUAGAUUUGGUGCCAGCUUCUACAGAAGGUUUUACAAAGCCACCUUUGGCAUUGGAAUGGAUAAAAUACUUCAGACUUAAAUGGAAAAUGGUGUGCCAAUUCCAUAGAUCUGCAGUGGUGACAGCUGGAGCUCAGAAAAAAAUUACAAAAUGAUCACCACUUUAAAGAGUUGCCAGGAUAAGUGAACAAAGUGAAAACAAAUGGAUGAAGUUCUUACCAUGCACUAAACAGUGGAACAUCAGGUGCCAAGCUCUGUGAAAAUGUCUGCUUGCAACACCUUCACUGAACACGUUUGGAAACCUGGUGAAUGUAAAAAUUGCUUCAAGCCUAAAAGCUUGCACCAACUACCCCCAGCAACUGAAAAGGCUCCCCUCUCCCAUAGUAAUCUGAAAACCAAUGCAAACCAAAGUAACAAUCAGCGUGGUAGAAAUACAGGAAAUUUCCGACCUCCUGUCGCAAAGAAACCCACUAUAGCUGUGAAACCCACCAUGAUGGUGGUAGAUGGGCAGAGUGUAUGUGGUGAAAUCAGCACACCAGAUCAUUGUGAGAACAAGCCUGUAGUUGCAGGAUGGAACCGAAACAAAGCGGUUUUGAACAAUAAGCCACUGAACAAUAAUAACGAAGAUGAAAUUGAAGGUUAUAGUCAUGUUCAUAGGCCUCAUGGCAACAAUGAUAGUGUAGGUAAGAUACCAAAUAACAAUAAUAACGGACUGACAGAAGUGCUGAAGGAGAUUGCAGGUUUGGAUACCACACCUCAGCAAACAGGAAAGGAAAUGAACUCAAGGGAAACCUUCUUGGGAAGAAUAAAUAAUUGCUAUAAAAGAUCAUUAGAAAGAAAGAUCCCUCCAAGUUGCAUGAUGGCUGCAGUGAAGGAUGCACAUAGUAAACAUGUUAUUCUGAGUGGGAGCACUGAAGUAAUAAGUAACGAAGGUGGGCGUUUCUGUUAUCCAGAGUUCUCCAGUGGCGAUGAGAGUGAAGAUGAUACAUUUUUUGGCAGCAUGCAAGAAGAGCACGAGAGCUGGGAUGAAAGUGAUGAAGAACUGUUAGCAAUGGAAAUUCGCAUGAGGGGCCAACCUCGCUUUGCUAACUUUAGAGCGAACACCCUGUCUCCUGUCCACUUUUGUGCUGACAAAAAAUGGAACACUGUGCCUCUAAGGAAUAAGUCUCUUCAGCGGAUCUGUGCUGUGGACUAUGAUGAUAGCUAUGAUGAAAUUUUAAAUGGUUAUGGAGAAGGGGCUGUGAUCCUUUAUGGACAGGAAAGCAUGCAGAGCAUGGCAUCUUCUGAUUCCACAUCUCCUGAUUCCUCUUUGACUGAAGAGUCUCGCUCUGGAACAACCAGCAGUUCAUCACAAAAACUCUGCAAUGGAGGGUUAUCUCCCAGUACCCCUCAGGAUAUCAAAUUGAUUGAACCAGAAUAUGAGACUCUUUGUGAUAAUCAGCAAGGAAAGGAUAUGUCAAAAGUUGCCAGAAACACUACAGAAGUUGUAGAGACUCACAAGGCAGUCCUUGCACUUAGACUGGAAGAGAAAGGUGGCAAGAUUGCUGUGCAAAGCGAUAAGCAAGAAAGCAAAAGUUCUCCAGAUGUUACUGGUCAAGCAGUUACUAUAAACUUAGUUCCUAUAGAAGAACAAGCUAAACCUUACAGAGUGGUCAAUAUGGAACAACCCGUGUGUAAGCCUUAUACUGUAGUAGAUGUGUCAGCAGCCAUGACUACUGAGUGUAAGGAAGGUCAGACUGAAAGCUCAGAAACCAAAAGUACACCACCUAACCCAAAUUCACCAGGAGCUCCAUAUGCACCUGUUACACCUGCAUCAUCUGGGCAAGUAAAUGCCAAUCUAAAAAAAUCAAGUGCAAUCAGAUACCAGGAAGUAUGGACUUCUAGUACAAGCCCACGACAGAAGAUAGCUAAAGUGGAAUUAGCAGCUAACAGUUCAGGACCUUCUGUCCCUCCUAGAAAGAGCAGCCACAAAUCUGCUCCUACAUCACCUACAGCCACAAAUAUUUCUUCAAAAACUAUCCCAGUUAAGUCACCCAAUUUGUCUGAGAUAAAAUUCAAUAGUUACAACAAUGCUGGUAUGCCACCUUUUCCAAUUAUCCUUCAUGAUGAGCCUACUUAUGCAAGGAGUUCCAAGAAUGCUAUCAAAGUUCCCAUUGUAAUUAAUCCAAAUGCAUAUGAUAACUUAGCCAUCUAUAAAAGUUUUCUGGGGACUAGUGGUGAGCUGUCCAUCAAAGAUAAAACUUCAAGUGUGAUAAGCCAUACAUACGAAGAAAUAGAAACAGAGAGCAAAGUGUCUGAGGAUGUAGCCAGCAAACCCACUGAAUUUACUCAAGCAAAAGGAAUUUCCAGUAGCACAGAGCACAGACUGGGUUCUGUGGCCCAGAAAGUCCAAGAGUUCAAUAGCUGUCUCAGCAAAGGUCAGACAUCACCACAAAGAAGUCAGAGUUCCUGCCACAGUUCCCCAGCAAGAAACCAGAAGCCAGCACCAGAAUCUGCAGCCAAAGUGGAAGGGGCACAAGAAGCUUCCAUUGGAAACAGCAACAGAGAGAAUGCAAGCACAGUUCUUUCUCAGAUUGUGGCUUCUAUCCAGCCUCCACAAUCUCCUCCAGGAACACCGCAAUCUGGACCCAAAUCUUGUAGUGUAGAGGAAUUAUAUUCCCUACCGCCUGAUGCAGAUACCACUAAAAGCACUCUGGUACGACCCAAAUCCCUCUUUACAGCCCAGCCCAGCAAUGAGACUGAGGCAUCCAAGUCCACAGAAAUCACUACCACUAAAAUGCAAAAGGAUACACUUUCAAAGCCAAUUCCUUCCUCAAAGACAGCAACCAGCAUCCAUAACACCACAAGUCCCAAAACUGAGCAGGCACCUCCAUUCCCUCCUCCACGUUCCACAUCUUCACCCUAUCAUGCAAGUAAUCUGUUGCAAAGACAUUUUAGCAACUGGAACAAACCAAUCAGUCCCACUAGAUCAACAGAGGCUGAAUCAGUACUCCAUUCAGAAGGGCGACGAGUUGCUGAUGCAAAACCAAAGCGCUGGAUAUCAUUUAAAAGCUUUUUCCGUCGCAGAAAGACCGAUGAUGAAGAUGAGAAAGAGAAAGAAAGAGAAAAAGGGAAACUGGUGGGUCUUGAUGGCACUGUCAUUCAUAUGCUCCCACCUCCUCCAGUUCAACGUCACCAUUGGUUCAGUGAGACAAAAACAGAUUCCAGUGAGAAGCCAUCCAUUGUUUUCAUGUACAGAUGUGAACCAGCACAUACUGAACCAACCUCUGACCACCAGAACAAAGCUGCAGUGGAGUCUCCCAUUGGAGAUGGAUUAGAAAAAGGCAAAGCAGAAAUGGAAGAGAAGUCUCCAGAGGAUCCUGAACAAAAGAUAAGAAGUCAUUCUUCACCACCUCAGAUUCCUAAAAAAAUACCCAGCACACCAGAACACUGUGGAAUCAAUGGCUCACCAGAGUUUCAAGACAUGAUUAAAAGACUCAAGAAGGCCCUGAGAGAAUUUCCUUUAAUGGGGAAUUGUGUGAGUGAGUAUAGUGGUCAAGUGCCAGAGAAGACCACAGUGGAAGAUCUGUCCCCUCGUAUUCCAAGAGCUGUGUUCGUGAAGCAGGACAAUGGAGGUAGUGCCUCAGUCAUACCAGUGUCACCUCCCCAUGCCCCACAAGGAGGGGAAGAAAAGGAGGAAGCUUCAGAUUCUUCUGACCUGAGCCCUUGUAGUGCAACAUAUAGCAACUUAGGACAGUCCAGGGCAGCCAUGAUACCACCAAAGCAACCCCGGCACCCAAAGGGAGCUAUGGAUGAUGCUAUUGCUUUCGGAGGAGAAGCAGAUCUCGAAGCAACUAACUUGAAACCAACACCACCCCCACUGCCAAAGAAGACCAUUUUAAGAGCAAAUACAGAGCCAACACCUAGAGAACUCCAGAAGCAAAGCCUUGAAAGCAAUCUGUGUGUUGUGGCUAAUCCCACCUAUGACAUUGACACCAACUGGGAAGCAAGCAGUGCCUGCUCUUCAGUCAGCUUGGAGCUCAAGGCACUGGACAAUGAGUCUGGAGAUUCCUUGGACAGGCCCCUAGAAAAAGGAAGAAAAACCACCUCAGCAGCCAACAGUGUUUCCAGCCUAACCACUAUCAGUAUUAAGGACAGGUGUUCCAACAGCAUGGAGUCUCUGUCAGGGAGGCAUCUCUCUCAGAUGAAACAAGGCAAGAGUAUCCAGAAACCACAGAGGCAAGCACUUUAUCGAGGCAUUGAGAACCGAGAGGAGGUGGUAGGCAAAAUCCGAAGCCUUCACACUGAUUCACUGAAGAAGUUGGCGAACAAAUGUGAAGACAUUUUCAUGGCUGGCCAAAAAGACCAGCUUCGAUUUGGGGUGGACAGCUGGUCAGACUUCAGGCUAACCAGUGACAAGCCAUGUUGUGAGGCAGGUGAUGCAGUUUACUACUCAGCUUCUUAUGCAAAAGAUCCACUUAACAGUUAUGCAGUCAAGAUUUGUAAGAGCAAAGCUAAAGAAUCCCAGCAGUAUUACCACAGCUUGGCUAUCCGACAGAUUCUGGCUAUUAACUUCAACAUCCAACAGGACUGUGGCCAUUUCUUAGCUGAUGUACCUGUUCGCCUCCUUCCAUGGGAGGAUCCCAAUGCACCUGAGGCAGAGGAGGAAGAAGAACAGGAUGAGGAGGAAGAAUCUGCACAAAAGAACAGAGAGCCCCCCUCCAAUGGAGAGGCUUCACAGAAAGACAGCUCAGGCAGCCAGGGGACUAUCAGCAAGCAACGUAGCCGUGUGGUGGUCAUCACCCGGGAGGUUCCAUACCUCACAGUGGCUGACUUUGUGCAAGAGUCCACAGCCCGCCAUGCAAAUAGUCCAGACUUCUAUGAGAGGCAGGUAUGCCUACUGCUUCUACAGCUGUGUUCAGGCCUGGAGCACCUAAAACCCUAUCAUAUCACACACUGUGAUCUGCGCUUGGAGAACCUGCUGCUGGUGCACUCCAGGCCGGCAGGUGGCCUUCUUAACUGUGAGUCUGCAGAGCCCAAUCCCAAUGCUGCUUGCCCAGCCAGACUAAUAGUGAGCAAUUUCUCACAGGCCAAACAGAAGAGUCACAUGGUGGAUCCAGAGGUCUUACGGGAUCAGUCCCGCCUGGCUCCAGAGAUCAUCACUGCUACACAGUACAAGAAGUGUGAUGAGUUUCAGACUGGCAUCCUCAUCUAUGAAAUGCUGCACUUACCCAACCCAUUUGAUGAGAAUCCAGAGCUGAAGGAGAAGGAGUACACCCGUGCUGACCUCCCCAAGAUCCCUUGUCGUUCCCUGUAUUCCCAAGGGCUUCAGCAACUUGCCAGCUGCCUACUGAACCCCAAUCCUUCAGAGAGGAUCCUUAUUUCUGAUGCCAAGGGAGUCCUUCAGUGCUUACUGUGGGGUCCACGGGAGGAUUUGUUCCACACUCUCAGCUCACCUUCCAGCCCAGCACGGAGAGAUGCUGUGCUACAGAACUGGCUGGACAUCAAACGGACGCUGCUUAUGAUCAAGUUUGCAGAGAAAUCCUUGGACAAGGACUGUAGUGUCAGCCUUGAAGACUGGCUUUGUUGUCAAUAUCUGGCAUUUGCCACUACAGACUCACUCAGCCACAUCGUAAAAAUCAUGCAGCAACAUUAGUUUGUACAAGCUGUUGCUUUUCCUUAAGCACCCCAUAAUCCUUCUUCCAUUCUGCCCCAUCCACCUCAUCCCAGGGCUUACACUUUGCACCAGUGAUAAAACAGAAAAAAAAUGGACUAGUUCUCAAAGCUGGCAACCCUGAGCAAACAGGUUCUAACUGGAAAUCCCGUCUCCUGUUAUCCAAAUGAUGGAGACAUCGUUCUAUUCCCAGGCCUAGCCAUGCUUAAUCAUAGGCUCUACAGUUGCAUAAAGAUUAGAUGCUUCCUAGCUUGGGUUAAUGUUUCAGCAGACUGAAAAAGGAAAGAGAGAAACUUAAUAAAGAGACCACUAUUUUUAUUUUACUAUACAGUAACAUGAGUUCCCCUUCUCAUUUGGGUUGGCUCUGCCUUUUCUGAAUGUAGCAUUUGCAGUGAAUAACAGUGGUAAUUUAUUAUCCCCAGCAGAGACAGGUUAAUAAAAAAAAGGAAAUCAAACCAUCCACCCAUAUGUAGAAGCCCUCACUGAAAAAAAAAUAUUGUUCCUUUUCCAUCUCCAGUAAAAGGCUGUUCCCCCCAGUUUAGUCCUCCACAACCAGAAGGGAUUACUCUGCCCAGUGUUCUCAUCCAAAUGGGUCCUUGCCUUAAUCCUACUCUGGAGUCUCAUUUUGUUCUCAAGUGACGUAGUCCUACUGAUCCGAGCUGGUGGUCAAUGGGCAGCAUUCAUUUGUGGUCUUCUUCUCGGCCUCAGAUUUGUUCCCUGUCCAUAUCCCUUCUAACCAUGGAUCCCAGAUUCCAAGGAUCCUGCCUUAAUCAGCCCAUGAUCAUCAGCCUAGAGUAGCUCAAUUGAGAAACAGAUAGAAUGAUUUUUUCCCCCUCUUUCUACCCCUACUCAUGACCUGAUUGUUGUGGAUUGUAACCAUCUCAUAGACACAACAGUGUUAAAUGAGCAGAACGACAUAACGAGGAAAACUGAAAUGUCCCUCUUGCCAUAGAAAGCACUAAACCAUGGGCUUGAAAUGGACAGAACUGACAUAACCAACCCUCCUUCUGUGGCUGCUCUGCAUCAGGGAUGGAAUUAGCAUCUGCCUCCUUUUCUGUGUUUUAUUUGCAUUUGUUAGCCACUUGUGGCAUAUUGCAAAGCAGGACUGAAACUGGCAGUGCUGGUCUGUUGGCAGGAGAUUGAAUUGUUUAGAGCUUGUCUGUGUGUAGCUAACAGGCCACAUGGAGACAGUUUUAUUGCAUAUGCAAUUCUCUGGGGCUGAAAAGCAUAGGGGCAAAAUACUGCUACUUAAUUACUGCAAAAGCUCUAAAGUUUGGCAGGUACAGGUAACAGGUUCCCCAUAGCAGUGUUUGGCUGCAUAUCUCUUAUUAGUAACCAGUGUUUACCAUGCACCCUAAAAAUGGAAUGGCUGUCAAGAUCGCUCUGAGACCAGAGCAGAUACAGUUUUAGUGUGAGGAGGAGUUACUGGGUAUUAAGGUGACAGAUUUAAAAAAGCUUCCAUCCUUUAAAGCAUUUAUAGGUGAAAAGCAGCCACUGGCUUCCUCUUCUGAUUAGUGGCCUUUUCCUAUGGGACUGCUACACUUGUAGAGAUGGUCCCUUUGCUCAGUAUUGCUAGGCUCAGAACAGUCUUAUAAAUAGCUCUGAAGAACAUGUUUUGUGGCCAGGGAAAAAAGUCAUACUGAUUAUUAUGAUCUGGGUGGUGGAAAGCAGACAGCCCUAGUUUUGAGCCUGUGCUUCUCUCCUAUGGAUAUAUGUGCAAUUCUUGUAUGUAUUUUUAAAAGCUGUACAUUACAGUGUUUACGUUACAUACCAGACUUUAUCUAAUGCUAGACCUGCAAACCCUUCCUUACUUUCCUGGCACAUAAACACGCAGCAAUACAUGUGCUGUUCCUAUGGAUUGAUAUUUCAUUUUUAAUUGAUGAAAACUGUGAGAAACCAGUUCACUUCAGCCUUGAAAACAAAUAGCCACUUUUUACAGCAUUUGCAUGCUUGGAACAGAUGCAUGGAAACAGAACAAACAGGCCUGCUGACAUGAGAGCAGAGAAACUCGCCCUGUAUGUGCACCAUACAUUUGAAGGGGGUGACCUUUUCUGCCUCGUUUUCUUCUGGCAUCGGUCAGAGCCAAGCCCAGUAGUUUGUGGAACCUACAUUGAUUGUGCAGUAGUGUAGAGAAUGUUUUGUGACUUUUUAAAUGUUUUUAAACUGAUUAAAUAUCCUUUUGUUUGAUUCACCUGUAUCAGAGAGGGAUCAGGCAAAGACAAAGGUCAUGUAUUUUAAUGUGAUAUGGAUCACUUUAAAAAAAAAUGCAAAGAGUUGGGGUGGGGAGGCAGCAUUGGGAGUUGGGGUGGGGGGAGGGGGGAGAAGUGUAGUGCACUAAAGCCCCAGUUCCUUGCAUGGAAAAGAGGCUUUGACACUAAUGUUGAAUAGAUGUGAAGAAAAAAGCAUUUGCAGAGAUUGCACAAAUGUUAGAUGCAGCUCAGCUUCAUGUGGACACAGGAUACAUAAGGCCCAAUGGCUUAACUGUGCUGAGCAUGACAGGUCAUUGAAAAGCAACCUGCUACCUAACCAGCAGUCACCAACCCUUUAAGCUUAAGGACAGGGCACUGCUUCUAGUUUUGUGAGGUCUGGUUUUGUUUCUGUUCUUUUUUUUUAACAGCUCCUUUAUGCACGUAAUUUCUCACCCAACAAAUACAUGCUGUCUGAGCAGCUCAUGGACAACUGACCACUGCAGUAGGCACAUUCCUUUAGGCCAUCUGGUAUAUUUUUUGUAUACAUGGACACAUGUUCUCAAAUGUCACUUUCAUGUCAAAAUGCACAUGCAAAGUUAAAUAUUGAAUGUUUUGCAACCCUGCAUAUUUAAUGCAGCUGGUCUGAAGCCUUUGUAUGUCUUUGUUCUUUAGAUAUCUUAUUUCAGUUUCUAUUUCUUGUGAUGACUUCAAACCAGUACUCAUUUUAGUUCUGCAGUAUAAUCAAGCAUGGAUAAAUGUUCACUACCAAUCUCUUUCUUAUGUAGCAAUGGGUAAACUUUAGUCAUUUGUAAUAUCAGUGUGAUUUUUACUUUUUUUUCUUUGAAAAAUGAAAGAAUGGUCAAGGAAGGCAAACACCAACUCUCCAGAGCUUCCUUGGGGAACCCUGGGGCUGCCUCUGCAGACUUCUUGGAAGAUUAUAACUGUAUGUGGUGGCUCCACAAUCCUGACUGUGGAUGCACCACUGAAGUACUUGAGAAUGUAUAUUCGAAAAUGAUUGUAAACAAACCCCAGGGAGCCUCCAGCAUAUUAAAAAAAUUAAGAGAGAGAGAGAGAAAUCCCCCACCCCUUUUGCUUUGUCAUUGGGAUUCUCCGUGUAUCAGGAAUUAAACCCCUGACCAUGCAUAUAUGCACAUGGACUUGCACAGGUACAGCAUUUGGUUUUUAAACAGAGCUCUUUCAACUGAGCUCCAUAACUGAGAAAAGCUGCAAGUCCAAGAUAGCAGUAUUGAUUGUAAAUAUAUAUUUUUCUAUUACUAAAAGCUACCAUUGACUAUUUUUUAACAUAAACUGUAUAGAUUUUUCCAGUGCAAAAUAAGACCUGGAAAAUCAAAUACAAGUCUGGAAAAGAAUUUGAGUGAGUGGUUUCUGAAACUAUUAGAGCCACUAAAAACCUCUCUAAUGUUUUAGAGAGGAGACAAUCUAAAUCAGUGAUUGGAUUCACAGCAUAUAGUGCCUUGUCAAAGAAUUGGAAUAGGGAGGAACAGGUCGAGGGAAUCUCUUUCCACCUGCUAAAAGCCCUAUAAAUAAUCCUACCUGCAUAAAGAAAGAAAAGAUUUCUAACAGAAUAAAGGAGAUGGUGCGCUUCAUGUGAUGCUGAGUAGGUUUAGUGAGAAUAAUUUUUACUGGGGACUCAGUUACAGGAAGAGGUUCUUUUGAAGUGGUUCAUAAUGCCAGAUGACAGCAAAUCUUUGUGGAUUUUUCACAUUUGAAAUUGAGGCCAAGCACUGGGCAAGAAAUAACAGGUGAGCUGUCACUUGGUCUAGGCCUAAUAUACUAAAAUUCAAGGGGUCUAUUGCUUUGACAAUCUACUGCAGACACUCCAACUUUGGAAGACGAAGAACCUAAAUAGGGAAGAAUAGAAUAUGUGGAAGGUGUGCAGCUCCUUUUAUGUACAGGAGAGGACCUGUCUUAACACUGGUGGCAUGGGCACACCACUGAUGGCAUAGUUUUGGAAAACAGUCCAUAUUUAAUGGAGGUUGACUUUGUUAUGUGUUUCUCCGGAAAAAAAGAGGAAAAAGUUAAUCUGUUUUUUAAACCUCUGUAAGAUCCAGGUAAACAUACUAUUUAGCCAGAGCCUACAGGCAACAACCCAUAUAAAUGUGUGCACGGAAUUCUUCAGAAACUAGCAUAUCCAACAUUUUAUUCUAUCGUUUCUGUGAUGGCAGAAAAUAGAGACAAGCCUUUUUUAAAACCUUCAGCCAUGCAGUGAACCUUAAAAAGUAAGUAAUUGAAGUUUGGCUUGGAAUACUGUGGUGCUGGAAAUCCCAUCCUGCAGUCCAGAGUGAAGAUAGUGUUUACACUGUCUCACCACUCUUCAACCUAGACUUUACCUCACCACCUGCCAGCAACAGAAAGAAAUGAACAUUGUAGUGCAGGGAAAUUUCAGUAGGUUAGAGGGGAGAAUAUAUUGUUUAAAUUAAUCUAACUCAUGUCUGCAGUCAGAGGGGAGGUUGCAAAGAUGCCUCUUAUUCUAGGUCCAUAGCCGUGAACUGCAAAAUGUGUAUUUGUUGCUGAACUAAAAAUGUCUUGUGGCUGUUUUCCCUAUUUGGCAUGAUGGCUAAAGAAAGAUAUUUUAAUUAUUUUUUCUAUUUUAAAAUAGAGACCAAGUCCUGUUCUCUCUAAAGCUGAUAGGAGUCUUGCCUUUGAGAGUAACACCUUGCAAGGCCUUUAAUGCACUUUCUUCACUGAAUUGAUAAAGAUUGAGCUUAUUGCCCCACAGAGGUAGUAAAUGGGUAUUAUUUCCCUGCAAGGCUGGGCCAUCAAUGUUACAUGGCUCUAGGGGAGGUAAGAUUUCUGAAAUCCCAAAGUACAUGCACGGACCUCCAGUCAAAAGGAUCUCAUUCUGUGGUAUAAUCCAUCUAUGCUAGUGUUAGUGGACUAGAACUUGAGGGCCCUCUCUCCCUCAUAUGAAACAGAGAGAGAUUUUUUGUAUUAAUAAGAUUUUAGUUAUGGAGUAGGCAAACACCAAAGAAACGCAGCACAGACCCUUGAAUGCUUCAGUAAUCAAUACUGUGCCCCAAAACAUUCCCAUGUGGUCACCCAGACAGGUUUCAAUGAAAAAUGCUUUUGUCCAAAAAAAAAAAAAAAAACACUGUGCAGACUUGCUGGGAGGCGUCUUCAACUCUAAAAACAAACCAACAAACAAAACCCCAACCCACCUGAGCAGAAAGGCCUUUGAACCCCUCCUCCUGAUCACUUUUGUGUUAUGAAGAAUUUGUAGGAGACAUUUGUCUAGAUUCUGUUAUUCACUUCGCUGCAAUAUUUAAAGGCUUCCGUUUUGAAUAGACGUAAUAUAAAAAAACACCUUGGUGGUUGGGAGAUUUCUUAAUUAAUUUAAACAAUGUGCGAUAAGCCUCCUUGCAUGGGUGUUUGCCACUCCUUCAACGUCUCGUUAGAGGCCACGUUGUCUGCAGAAAGCUUUCUGAAUCAGGGAGAACUGGCAGUGGAGCAUGAAAUGCUUAGCUUACCUGUAUGUAAGCAUUUUGCCACUCUGAAGAACUUGUCCUGUACUUCAAGCUGCGAGAAUCCAUCUUUUUGUUUUAAAUUCCAGGAAGGAAGGUUUCAGGGAAUUAGAAGAGGUUGGAAUUGUUUUUAUAUGGAAGAAAUAUAUGUUCAUGUAUGAAAUAUUCUACACCUUAAAAUUAUAUUUUGCCCCCUUUUUGUUGAGUAUGUAUAAUUUAUAUAUAGUAUAUUUAAUAUAUACUAUAAGUUUACUUAAAUUUUAACAUACCAGUUUCAUAAAACAAGUGAUGUCUCUUCAUGAAAACUAUUUCCAACUUCUUGUCCUGAAUCCUUUGAUUUGUUGGUUUCAGGAAGUUUUGCAGCCAAAAUCUUUUUUUGUUUCUUUUAGACCUUAAUUAUACUUAGCAUUUAAGUGCAAGAACACUUCCAUUUUUAAUAAAAAGGGGUUAUUUUAUUUUGAAAUUCGAAAACUGAUUAUCUUUUAUAAAUGGGGUUUCUUUAUAAUCCCUCAGAUAAGGGAUAUUUUUAACUUCAACUCCAUUGUCCUGGGUAACUUGUGUUUGGGAUUCCUUAUACCAUUGCUUUAUCUGGUGCUUCAUAUCUAUAUUUACACAUUUUUAUAUUAAAAAAUAUAUAUAUAGAUAUAGAUAUAUAAACUCCCAGCCUUCCUUUGCGAUCAGGGGGCCGUUACACUCUGGUUUGCUGUGGUACUUUGCUGUGUACUCUGUGGCAUUCAUGUUACUGUGUAAAUAAACUAGUUUUAUUACAC